CGGAGGAGAAAGGGGCGACUACGCAUGUGCGUCUGCGGAGGAUCCUAGCGCUCUGGAAAUUAAUGUGGGGGCUUUUACAAAUUGGGUGGUUGGAGAUGCGAGCCCCGCACCCCGUCAUUGCUGCCUCCGCGCUGGCUCCUGCCGUCCUCUCCACUUCAGUUUAGCGGCUUGUCACUGCGGACGACUUAGGGGCUGGCCACAGCCCCUGCCAUGGAUGAAGAAGGUUCCCGCAUCCGCCGGCGGGUGUCUGUCCGCAAAAGGAACCGUUCAAGCUUAGGGUGCGUUUUUAUCACCCCCACCGAGGCCGAGGCCGAGCCCCAGCCCCAACCCCAGCCCGGAGAGGAGGAGAGAGAUGAGGAGGAAAUGGUUGCUGAGAGCCGGCGGCGGAAAACCGUGGGCGAGCUGCAGGUCGAGCAUAAUGACAGUGAAGAGGACAUGUUUGGUGACUAUGAUAGCUUUACUGAAAACUCCUUUUUAGCGCAAGUUGAUGAUCUGGAACAAAAAUAUAUGCAACUUCCUGAACAUAGGGAACAUGCUAUAAACUUUGCUACUGAAGAUCUUUGUUCAGAAAACAUCACAAACAAACUCAGCGUUGCUCCUGUAGGCACCUUUACAGAACUAAAAACUGAUAAGCACACACAUAACCAGAGUGGGCAUGAAAGUAUCACUAUUGAACCUGAAGCUGAUCUUUUAUAUGAUGUGCCUUCUUCACAAGUUUUAUACUGGGAAAAUUUGCAGAACUCUUCAGAUGAUUUGGGCGAUCACUCUACUAAAGAGAGAGAUUGGAAUUCAUCCUUUCACAAGACUGUGAAUGAGGAAUUGUCCCAUAAUCUCGCAGAGCAACCUCAGCAAAAUGAUAACUCAUCAACUAAAGUCAGAACUAGUUCAGAUAUGAAUAGAAGAAGCAGCAUUAAAGAUCAUCUAAAAAGUGCCAUGACUGGAAAUGCCACAGUCCAAACACCCGUAUUUUCUAGGAGUAAGCAGCUCAAAGAGUCUCUCCUAUCUGAAGAAAUUAAUGUCGCUAAGAAAACAAUUGAGUCAUCAUCGAAUGACCUUGGUCCUUUUUAUUCAUUACCCAGCAAAGUGAGAGACCUUUAUAUUCAAUUCAAAGGAAUUGAAAAAUUAUAUGAAUGGCAGCAUACUUGUUUAACAUUGAAUUCUGUGCAAGAAAGAAAAAAUUUAAUAUAUUCUUUGCCAACAAGUGGUGGAAAAACCCUUGUGGCAGAGAUUUUAAUGCUACAAGAACUGCUCUGCCGGCGGAAAGAUGUUUUAAUGAUCCUUCCAUAUGUGGCAAUUGUCCAAGAAAAGAUUUCAGGUUUAUCAAGUUUUGGUGUAGAACUUGGUUUCUUUGUUGAAGAAUAUGCUGGAAGCAAAGGAAGAUUUCCUCCAACUAAAAGAAGGGAAAAGAAAUCACUGUAUAUUGCCACCAUUGAGAAAGGACAUAGCUUGGUGAACUCCUUGAUUGAAACUGGCAGGAUCAGCAGUCUGGGCCUGGUUGUGGUAGAUGAGCAAGAUCCCUUAAAGGACUUAAAGGAUUUUUCAUGGGGCAAGAGUUUGGAACUCAUCGUGGAACGUAUCCAACAACUCCUCACAAGGAUGAUCGAGACAGACAGCCAUAGCAUUUCAUGGUUACUGACUACUUUGUCCCUACAUCUUAUUGUUUUGCAGUAUUCUGAUACCCUGAAAAAGAUGGAUCCUGAUCACUUAGUAGCAUUGGUGACAGAAGUUAUUCCCAAUUAUUCCUGCUUAGUUUUUUGUCCCACUAAGAAGAACUGUGAAAACAUAGCAGAAAUGAUAUGUAAAUUUUUAAGCAAGGCCUAUCUGAAACACAGGGAGAAAGAGAAACAGGAGGUGAUUAAGAACCUGAAGAGCAUCAGCAGUGGCAAUCUGUGUCCUGUUCUAAAACACACUAUCCCCUUUGGAGUUGCUUAUCAUCAUAGUGGUUUAACAAGCGAUGAAAGGAAGCUCCUGGAGGAGGCCUACUCCACGGGGGUUCUCUGCCUCUUCACCUGCACUUCCACCCUAGCAGCAGGCGUCAACCUGCCAGCUCGAAGAGUUAUCUUAAGAGCUCCCUAUGUUGCUAAGGAAUUUUUAAAGAGGAAUCGAUAUAAACAGAUGAUUGGCAGAGCUGGUCGUGCUGGCAUAGAUACCAUUGGGGAAAGCAUCCUUAUAUUGCAAGAGAAAGACAAACAACAGUGUUCUGAAUUGUUUCAGAUUGCAACAAAUCUUGGUGACAUCUAUCAGUUUAUGAAUGGUACCUUUUUUGGUGUUCAGCAAAAGAUUUUAUUGAAAGAAAAAAGUCUGUGGGAAAUAACAGUUGAAUCACUUAGCUACCUGACAGAAAAAGGGCUCCUACAAAAAGACACAACUUGUAAGUCUGAAGACGAGGCCCAAUGUAAUUUUCAUAUUACCAAGUUGGGACGAGCUUCUUUUAAGGGCUCUAUAGAUUUAGCUUAUUGUAACAUUCUCUACAGAGACUUAAAGAAGGGUCUUGAAGGACUUGUGCUUGAAAGCCUACUUCAUCUAAUCUACCUGACAACCCCCUAUGAUCUGGUUGCUCAGUGUGAACCUAAUUGGAUGAUCUACUUCAGGCAGUUUAGCCAACUCAGUCCAGCAGAACAAAAUGUAGCUGCUCUUCUUGGAGUCUCCGAAAGCUUUAUUGGGAAGAAAGCAUCAGGUCAAGCCAUCAGGAAAAAAAUAUCUAAGAACCUGCACAAUAGCGUACACCUCUCAUACAUCCUUCAAUAUGUCAUCCUAAGUCUCACCUGAAACAUUCUUUUCCUAUCGGAACAUCCUGAGUCCCCUACCACGUGAACUAAACUUCAAAAUAACUUAACAAAAUUUAAAUUGUGUAUAUGUCUUUGUGUUCUGCAGGAACUUGAGGAGUUUUGGGUUUAUAGAGCCCUGUUGGUAGAACUUACCAAGAAGCUAACUUACUGUGUAAAGGCAGAACUAAUCCCUCUCAUGGAAGUGACUGGAGUUUUAGAGGCUCGAGCAAAACAGUUAUACAAUGCAGGUUACAAAAGCCUAACGCACUUAGCUAAUGCAGAUCCCGAAGUGCUGGUCAGGACAGUUGAUCACUUAUCAAGGCGCCAGGCCAAGCAAAUUAUUUCAUCAGCAAAGAUGCUGCUGCAUGAAAAAGCAGAGGCUUUGCAGGAAGAAGUAGAAGAGUUACUGAAAUUGCCCUCCGAUCUUCCUGGUGCUGUGGCUUCUCCCGCUGAAAAGGCAUGAAGCUAUCUGAUGAGCAUUUUCAAAUAUGAAUUAUUUAUUGCGCAUAUGAAUUAUUCAAGAUUCCUUAUACUUUAUAAAUUAAAAAAAAUUUUAAUUACACAUUAA